UCGGAAUAUAGACACAUCACGGGUGCCUGUAAUAAUGUAAAUAAGCCAUCAUGGGGUGCAGCAAUGACUCCAUUCAGGAGACUGAUACCCAAGAGAGAGGUAAGAUACAAUUGUUUGAUAAUCAAGAAAACAUGAAUAAUGGCUGUCAGCAGCCCAUAACCCGGAGCGAGUGAGCGGCUCGCAUACUAGGCCUGUGCAGCGGCGUUUUCACCGACUGGUUUAAUUUUAGAUACCAGUCUAGAGCAUUUUUUUCCUCGAAAAUGGAGGCUCCACUCCGUCUAUGAGUGCAAUCGAAGUAUAAAAUAUCAAAAAGGAAAACUAUAAAACGUGUUUAAAAUGUCAAAGAUACCAUUUUUCGGUCUUUAGGGUUUUUAACUGGUUUGUGGGACUCUUACAUUUGUAAUGCGCGCCAAAAAAGUUCUAAAAAUGAACUGGUUGGUGAAGUCGCUUGCUCCGGGUUAUUAUGAGGUCCUAUGGCUUUGUGCUAUCCUUUGUAAAGAAGAUUUUUACGGUACCUUUUACUCAUGCCCGGGCGCCCCGCUAAACCGUGUUUAAAACAGUAAUAGAUUUGUGUCCGCUUGAGCACAAAGAGCUGGAUUGUUGGAAAGGGAGGUUGGGGCCAGGAGGGUUACAAAUCCCAUUCCGGCCCAAGCCCAAAUUCUGUUCCGAUUCCAGUCGGGUGUCGUUAUGGUCGCCUAGUCGUUCUUCUACGGCUUUGAAAAUGAUUUCAUAGAUUUGCAAAUGCUUAGCACGCCUUGCGUCAUUUUCUUCCAGGUUAAUAUGAAUGUGCUCCCAAACGCAAGAUCCGUCAGCAGAGAGCUGUUUCCCCAGAAUGCACCACCAUCUGAUCCGGCAGAGGAGUCCCCAGAAUCUGCUUCGCUUACUGACAUGGCAGCCGUGUUUGGCCAGUUCGUAACUCAUGAUAUGACACUGACGUGGCACAAACCAAGUUCUUCCAAUUGCCACGACUGCUUUAACCCUGGUACAGAAUGCUUCGGAAUUGACGUGGCGAGUGACGUUAUUUUCAGUGCAAUAAAGUGCAUUCAAAUGAAACGCGCAACAAGAUGCCUAACCGCAAACGCCAGCCAAGAGCAAGUUAAUAUAGCCACGACCUUCAUAGACGCUUCGCAUAUUUACGGCAACAACGAUGAUGAAGUCAGAAUAACUCGCGCCGAAGAUCUGCUAGGUGAACUUUGGCAGGAAAACAAUGAUCUUUUGCCACCAGCGCACGAAAAAAAGCCUUUCUGUCGCUCACCAAAUCCUGGUGCUAUGCCUUGCUUUUAUACAGGCGACUUUCGGCGAAAUAAUGUCAGUCCAGGUAAAGUUUACUACCCAGCCAGCUGUAUGUGUCUAAAUUUCCAGCAAGUCUUAUUUAGCCUGAAGGCAAGUGUUUGACCUAUAUAAAGAAGCUAUGCAACGGCUAUAUCAGCCGCUAUAUACUAAACCUUUUCCAAACUACUACAGACAAAAUCGGAAACCGAAGAGGAUGUCCCCACCACAAAAUUCAAAAUGGCGACGCGAGAUUGGUAGAGUUCAUUAGCGCUGUUCAAAUAAACGAUGAGUCUGGGUUCGUGGGUCCCACUAUGAUCAUCUUAGCUUUAAUUAACAUACUUCUUCGUCUCUCUUAGUUUUAAUGUGUUAUUUGACAAGUGAUGGUAAGUCACUGGCCUUGUCUUAUUCAUUCCUUGUCUCUUCGACGGGGAUAUAAAAGAAAACACGCUACUCACUGUAAUCAGUGAACGAGAACUUAGUACGCAGGGAGUGUAAGUUACAGCAUCCUCGGAGACCCAGGGGCAGUUAGUCGGGUCGAUAAAAUGUUCGUCUCGAUCUUACAGAAAACUUUCACCACGAACAUUUUAUCGACCCGACUAACUGCCCCUGGACCUCCGAGGAUGAAGUUACAGUAAAACGGGCGACAAAAGCGUCCAACUUGUUUUGCAACAUUGCUGCAAAACGAGUUUUCAAAAGCGCAUGUUGCGAGUUUUACCAAACACGUUCAAAUCUGUCUCGCAACAAAUCAGAUUGUUGCAAGUUGCUUGAAUACUGUCUUCUGAUUGGAUAACUGAAAUUACGCGGAAGUCACGCCAUACAUGGAAUUUACGUCACUUGCUGUGAAACAAGUUCUCCUCGGGCCGAUAAAACGCGCAACAAACACAGGGUCCAGAGGAGAUGUGUGUGUCGUUAGAACAUCAAAAGCCGUCGAAAACCUCUGAAAAAUGGGUUAUUUUGAUCCCGUUACAGUUUCGUUACACAUUCUAUAGACCGCAAACCAAGAGACUGAGGGCUCGCAAGAUCGGCUUACAGUAUAAUAUUUUUUACUUGGCACUUCGUGCCUCGGUCGCCCUUCGGGCGACGUGCCGUGCACCAGCGAGGAUAUGGCUUGCGGUUAUUGAUUUUCAAAAUGGCGAACAACGAAGUCGAUCUGGGUCAGAUGAGAAGCGAAGAAAUCGUUUACAGUAGAUUCAUAAAGAUCCCAUUGGGCUAAUUAAUCGUGCUAAGCGACAGCUAUAGACAUUUUUCAAGGUGAGACUAACUAAGUAAUUCAUUUAUUCACACGAAACUCCUCUGGACCCUUUGCAACAAACGCAGGUUUUGUUGCAAAAAGAACUACUCUCUACUUUCUGCAACAACUUUUCGCAAUCGGCAGCAAUCUGAUUUGUUGCUAGACAGUUUGAUUCCAAUUAGUGGUAGGACGCGCAACAUCGCUUUUCAACUCUUUUUGCUGCAAUGUCGCAAGACAAGUUGCACAAUGAUUUUUGUUGUUCGUUUUACUGUACCGUUAGUCUCCAGCGCCUCCUGGCCUGCCUUUCAUUGGUCUAUUUAUAUGGAGCCCAUUCCGGCAGAAGACCUGGCCUCGAGUAAAAGACCAUUCUCCAUUAGGCAAUACAUGCUGCUUUGUAUUCUGAAAUAAUGUUCUUGACGUUAGCUUGCAUGGAGUCGAUUUGUGACACUGAACCGCAAGGUUUCUAUAAACAAAUCUCACGUCAUAAUUGCAAUUCUCUUGUAGCCUUGAAUGUCCUUCAUACUAUCUGGGUACGAGAACAUAACAGAAUCGCCAGGAAGUUAAAACAAAUAAACACGGGAUGGAAGGGAGAGAAAGUCUUCCAAGAAACGCGAAAAAUCAUCGGUGCUAUGAUGCAGCACAUUACUUACAACGAGUAUCUGCCAGCCCUCUUGAGUGAAGAAGUGGUCAGUAUGCUUAUUGAAUUGCUUGAUAUUUUUCAUAGAGGCCUCAUUUACGUCGAAGAAGGCAGGGAGACAGGGGGUCUAAACCUCCCGCCUCUUGUAAUUCUUUUAAAGGCCUUGCAUUUCCGGUUCCCGCCCCAUCUUUCCCGGAUUCCUCCCUUUAGCUCCUUUUCGAGUGCAAAAUAUAAAGCAUUGUUGAGUACUUUCCCCCUUUUUAUCCGGCUUCUCGCCCUUUUAGUACUACCACCUCUUGCCCUUUCCUCUCCCGCCUCUCGUACACCUCCAGUGCACCGUGCACCAUAAAUGGGGACUGGGGGAAGGGGGAAUAGUGAAAAAAUUAAAGCGCCCACUCAGGAGCCUGGCCCACUUCUUUCGACGCCUGCCACACAGUAGCCUGGGUACCAGUGGUUUGUUCUCGCGUGCGGCGAUUGAGUUGCGCGCAGAUCAUUCGGGGUCGGCCGCAGGCCGAUACUUCUUCGAUCGAAGCUACGAGCGGUGCGGCCGCUUUUUGCGGGGGUUACACAAUUAGAUUUCACCCCAACCGGAAACCGCGCACGAAAAAUGUCUGGCACCCUGGGUACUCAGACAGGCCAUAUAUUGAACUACAUCUAUGAUGUUGUUUUCUCCAACCAAUUAGCGGAAACAAUAUGAUCUUGUACUGGAAUCAAAUGGUUUCUACGGCGGCUACGAUGUAUCCGUUGAUCCAUCCAUCGCGAACAGCUUCGCAACGGCAGCCUUAAGAUACGGACACAGCGCGGUUGGAAACUUCUACAAACCCAACAUACCCACAGCUGAUUUUCAUAACCCUGCUCCACUGUACGCUGAGGACGGUGUUGAUGCAAUUUUACGAGGCCUACUAAAUCAACCUUCUAGGGAAGUUGACAGGUAUUGUAUAGCCUGCGUAGAGGGUGGGAUUGUUAUGUCCGGAGUACUUUCCUGGCGGAGGAACUUCGGGCUCCGCCGCCAAAAAUCCGCAGAGCUUGCCAGCUAAUCCUGCUAGCUACAGAGGCUGGGCAUUGUAGAGUUCAUUUUUGGUUUAAGGUGAAGUAAACGUACUGUUUUUAGAAGGGUAUCUCCGUUAAUAGUCUACUCACGGGGAUUAAAACUGAGAGAGGGGAGGCAUACCUAUGUUCGAUUAGAGUGCUGUACGCCUUUAAUUUGGGCUGAGAUAAUUUAAGUUGCUUAUACAAUGUGUCCCGUCAAUGAUGUCUUCUUGUGGAAGGAAAAAGAUCUUAAUCAAAUCAGCGGUUUGUGGAUUUUAUUACUUAAGCCAGGCGCCUUUGACAGACGUCCUCUCUAUACUGAACCAGAAUUUAUUCAAAGCGAAGAAAAAUACUUCUAAGGAAUACUGAGAGCUUUCACUCAGACAACACUCUCGGGACCAUAACAGGUGUUCCCUCAUCAGUGCUGAUACAAUUAUUACGUCAACUUUCUUUUUCCGGCCACAAAACCUUUGUCCCAUGAAUCAGGGUGCCCCCCCUGAAAAGAGGGACCAUCGCGGCACUAAAUUUUUCUAUUUUCUUUGCGGUACUCUUUUGAGGGUGGCGCUUAUGAAUGUUCUCAUUCGCGAAUAACACGCUAAUUAAUUAAUCACGCUAAUUAAUUAAUUAAUUAAUUAAUUGUCAACCAAGACAGAAUAAUGGACCGAGUGAGAGCCGGAAAACGCAAAGUCCAUCUAGCCCUAUGAAUUUCAUCAAAGUUAUUUUUAGGCCAAUUAAUCGCUUGAAAUGAAUCGGAAUUUCUGUUUUCGUAGAGGUCCGCAAACUUGUAAUCAGUGUUGUCAAGAGAGAACUCAACAAUCGCCAUUUCAAUAUUCUGCAUUGUUUUGCGCUGAGAUAGUAGCAUGUAAAGUUGAUGAAGUUUCGAACAAUCAUUUACAAUGUGUGGACGUCCCAGGAAUUAGACUUUCGUUUAAUCAGAAGCUCUAAAAAUAACUUAAGUGAAAUUCACAUAUCCCGGCCAACGCCCUAAGAUUCUCUCUCUGUUCGAUUAUUCCCGCUCUCUUGGUGGAGCCAGUCGAACGAAUGCUAACAUUCUAACAGUCCUAUUCAGAAUAGCACGAAUCCAGAAGACCAUAUUCAAUUAAAACUUUCACUGGUUGCCUUUAAUUCGAAGGUUCUUCUCAUGGGCUGUAAGUGAGAAGCUAAAGCCUGGACCAAACCAGAUCGCUGAUCUUGUUGCUAUAAACAUACAGCGUGGAAGGGAUCAUGGCCUCCCCGCCUUUGGUGAUUUCAACAGGCACUUCGACGUUAACAAUUUCACAAUCCCGGCUGACUUAGAGAACAUGCUGAAAGGGUUAUAUGGCUCAGAUUUGAGCAAAGUUGAUUUAUACGUUGGAGGACUACUUUUGGAAAAUCCCACCUAUGGCUCACAUGUGGGGCCUACCUUCUCUCACAUUUUAGCAGAAGGAUUCGGGUAAGCUUAGACUAUGGGCAGCCCCUCUUUUUGUACGUAGAGUGAUUUGCGCUUGAGAAAAGAAAAUAAAACAGGCGCGCGUACUUCUGGAGAGAGGGGUGGUGGCGAGGUGGCGGAGGUUACGGGAGUGGCGGGGUGGCGACAAGAUGGCGGGGGUGGGUGACGCGGGUGGGGGGGAGAUGGAGGGGUGGCGGCGCAAGAAAGAAAGGAUGCAAAAAUGGAGGCUUCUGGCACCAAAUCGGCUGCAAAUUUCCCUUUCGUAAACAUUCUUAGCCAUUUUUGAGAGGCUUUGGAAGUUUUUGAGCAUAAUGGCAAGUGAUCUACCAGCUCAUCGCAGAGAGAGGCAAUUAGCAACCAUUUAGUGGCAUUAUGUUUGGACAAAUAUGAAUACCUCAACAUAUGAUCCUCAAAUUUGGUUAGAUCUUCAGAAUAAUGAUCUUGGCAUUAACCUAGCCUUUGAUUGGGAAUAUUAAUUUCCGGAAGUUUUGGCUCAGUGGUAUAGACUAAGGAUAUCACAUUUUCACUGAUUUCAGGAAUUUAAGANAUAGAAACGUGGGGGCCUGAGUUGUGGAGAGGGGGGUGGGGCGGAGUGGGGGGGUGUAGGGGGGGGGGCGGGGUGGCGACAGGGGGGGGGGGGGGGGGGGCGCGUGGGGGGGGGAGAUGGAGGGGUGGCGGCGCAAGAAAGAAAGGAUGCAAAAAUGGAGGCUUCUGGCACCAAAUCGGCUGCAAAUUUCCCUUUCGUAAACAUUCUUAGCCAUUUUUGAGAGGCUUUGGAAGUUUUUGAGCAUAAUGGCAAGUGAUCUACCAGCUCAUCGCAGAGAGAGGCAAUUAGCAACCAUUUAGUGGCAUUAUGUUUGGACAAAUAUGAAUACCUCAACAUAUGAUCCUCAAAUUUGGUUAGAUCUUCAGAAUAAUGAUCUUGGCAUUAACCUAGCCUUUGAUUGGGAAUAUUAAUUUCCGGAAGUUUUGGCUCAGUGGUAUAGACUAAGGAUAUCACAUUUUCACUGAUUUCAGGAAUUUAAGAAAAGGUGACCGCUUCUGGUACGAAACAAAUCAAAAUGGAGUUAGAUUUUCCCUUGCACAGCUGACGGAAAUAAGAAAAGUUAGCUUAGCUAGGAUCGUUUGUGACAACAGUGGUAUAUCGUAUGUUCAGCCCAAGGUAAUGAGAAAGAAAAACCAGUCGAGAAACAAACAAGUUAGGUGUGGCAGUCUUCCAGAAAUGGACCUAACCAAAUGGAGUGAUAACUCGGUAAGACAUUUGGUAUCAAGUAAGUGA